UGCAGGUUGCUGUGUUGAUGAAAUCCAUAUCUAGUUCACCCAGUCUUCCAGACAACGUGCUCCAUGCUCUGAGCCCCGGAGGAGCUUGGCGUUCUGAAAUGAAGAUGGAGGCGGUGGGAAAAGCAGAAGAACUCGUUGAUUCAGAAGUUCCACCAAAGACUUCUGAAAAGCCAGAGACAGCUCCUGAUGAAGAUGGACCGAUAGAACUGGAGACACAAACUCAGAAAGAUAAUGCGCCCGCUGUAGCAGACUCUACAGUGCUCUCCUCAAUGCCUUGCUUACUGAUGGAACUGAGGCGAGACUCCUCGGAGUCUCAGCUGGCAUCUACAGAAAGCGAUAAGCCAACGGGUGGUCGAGUUUAUGAGAGUGACUCUUCUAAUCAUUGCAUGCUUUCCCCUUCUUCCAGUGGGCAUUUGGCUGACUCAGACACAUUGUCUUCCACAGAAGAGAAUGAGCCCUGUCAAGCUGAAGCUGCUGUAGAAGGCGACCCUUCUGGGGUGUCUGGGGCUGCAGUCGGGAGGAAAUCCAGGCGAUCCAGGUCCGAAAGUGAAACUUCAACAAUGGCCGCCAAGAAAAACCGACAGUCUAGUGACAAGCAGAAUGGCAGAGUUACCAAGGUAAAAGGUCAUCGAAGCCAAAAGCACAAAGAAAGAAUCCGGCUGUUAAGGCAGAAACGGGAGGCAGCUGCUCGCAAGAAGUACAACCUGCUGCAGGACAGCAGUACCAGUGAUAGUGACCUGACGUGUGACUCGAGCACGAGUUCAUCAGAUGAUGAUGAAGAGGUUUCAGGGAGCAGCAAGACAAUCACUGCAGAGAUACCAGCUGGCUUCAGUCGUGCUGGGGGAUCUGGAGGAGCGACCAGGGAUAUUCCAGGAUUGCUUGACAGGGGCACCGUGUGGGAUAGGAACUGCAUAGGCAAUGUCCUGGAAGAGGCCAUGAACUGCUUUGCCGAGAUGCAGAGGCAGACAGAGGAGAAAUUUCGCAUGUGGAUAGAAAAGCUAACCCGUCUUGACACGGAUGAAGAAAGCAAGCAACAACUGGAGCCCAGGGAGCCUAAAAUGCAACUAGUUGGCCAAAGAAUCCCCCCUACCACGCAGUCAGGGGCAUUCAUGCAGAUGCCUGAUAGCCAAGUACUUCCGCAGCAGUCGUUUAAUUCUUACGUGGGCUAUCAAAAUGUUGAUGCUACGCUAGAGUUUCCAGCGACUUUUAAUAACAAUUUUCCACCUAUCUUUCCAGAAAAUGGGAAUAUUGCAGAGCAUGAUUUGAAUCAGUCACAAACUUAAAACAAAUUAACUUUACAAACUUGAUGUUGCUUUGGAUUAUGCUAAAAGGUUUGCUUCUCUCUUCAUAUAUGUUUGUUUUGUUUUUUCUCUUUUGGGUUUUAUUACCAUGAUAUCAUUUUUUUUAUUUAUAGAGAAUGUAUAUGUAGUUUAAAAAAACCCAGCACACAGUACACCCACGCGCAUGUGCCAGCACACACAUACAGAUACUUUUAACAAAAGAACCCACUCUAAGCUGUCUUCCCCAAACUUGGGAAGAUAGAAUCCUUGUUUAGAUACCCCAGAAUCAGUAGAGCUGUGUUUGUUACAGUAGGAGCACUCGGAGUAUUCGUCCAAAUGCUCUUUUUGCAUGUUAAAGCAUUUAUAUGAUGAAAUCAGCUUUAUAUUUAAAGAUGCAAAGUACCCUAGAGAAUGAGAUUAGAUACAGACCCAUAACAUUUCCUUAGCUGUCCUCACUCCAAGUUUUACAACUGGAACAUGUCACACAUUAGCUUUUCUUCUUCCUUUUAAGGCAGAAAUCAUAAAUAAGCUUACCCUAAAGACUUAACUAUAUGUAACGAAUGUGCACAACUAUUUUUCAUCUCCCAUUUAGUAGUUCAUUUUUUGUCCAGAGCUUUUAUAAAUGUCACUGCUGUGUUGCAUAUGGUGUAUUUAGAGGAAGCGGCUGUAUUAUAUUGUGUGCACAGAUACCCAAAUAUAUACAUACACAUGUAUGUAUUCACCUUGGGUGGAAAUCAUAUCUUCUAAUUUUAGGUGCCUAGUUUACUCUUCUGCCGAGCUCCUUCUGAGUCAAUGGAAAGAGAUAAGCACCUACAAAGAUACCUCCUGGCAAUGUCUUUCUCUCCUAUUAGUUGUCUAAACUCCCUGUAUAAACAAUUUAGAAUAGAUAACUUUCAGCUAAAGUGGGGUGAGAUGAGUCACACCCAGAGUAUGUGUGUGUGUGCAUGCAUGACCUGUGUGCACAAAACAUUGCUGCUUUCUGAUGUAUAUACGGUCAAACUGUAUCUUUCCUGCUGGAAUAAAGAUAGUAGUGUCAGUCCUGAGAUAAGCAGCUGUGGAUGGAUGCAUUGAGUCCUGGCACAGGAAUUUAAAAUAAAAGGCUUAAUAGUCAAAUUAGUAAACACUGUGGUGGUGUGAAGGUAUGGUUUGCUGGUCUGGAUCAGGCAGUAAGAGCCUCUGAGCCGCCUUUGGAUGCCACUGAAAUCAUUAUUUACUUGUGAUUGGGAAUGCCGGAAUAUUAGUUUCAUUUAAAUAAUACAGUAACUUGCUAUUGUGUGGAGUUUUUUUAUACUGAUAGCUAUCUUGAAUAGGCAGGCUUGAAACUGUGAUGUUUAAAGUAGGAUUAAUUUAAACUAUAUAUUAGAAACACUUAUUUAAUUCUUCUAUUAACAAUACACACAGGGAUUUUUGGUCACCUCUCUAGUAAGGCCUUCCUUCAUAUGAAGUAACUUCUCCAUAGCUACCAAAAAUGUAUAUUUAUCAUCAGUUAGGAUUUGUUAAAAGUUUCUAAUACAAAUCAAAUCAAAAUAUAGUAAUGGAAAUUAAAAGUUUUUGCAUAGAUAUAAUUUAAGCAAAAGAGAACAUUGUAGGUGUCUCUUGGCUCUGUAAUCUUGUUUUUUAAACCUCAGUCACUUCUGAAUUUUUUCAAAUUAUUUUAGUGUAAAAUAAAUUUAGUGAAAAUACCACUGUAUCUUCUGUAGGCCUGAUUUCCACCCUCCUCCAAAAGUCAGUGGGAGUUUUUCCAUCAGUAUUCGUGGGUUUUGUAUCAAACCUGUAAUGGGAACUCCAGAAACGCGUUUCAUUCUCAGUUUAAUACUAACGUUAGCGGGUUAAUAUUCUUCUUGGCCCAGACUUUUUUUUUUUUUUUUUAAAGUAUAUGAUGCCCUCAUUAAAAAACAAUGAGCUUAGAGAGCUGUAUUAUUUUCGGAGUAACUGUUUGAGAGACUAUGCAGGGGAUAAUUUUUAAGUACUCAAAUUCUUUACAGAUCACCUUCAUGCAUAAUUUUGAUACAAAGAUUUUGAUAUGAACUUGUAAGAAACUCCCUAGUCUGAAGUUGCGUGCAUCUCUAUAGGCAAACUUUAAAGGAGUUAUUUUGUGUUUAAUUGCAAUUUCAUAAACUUGUCCUCACCUGUUUAAAAGCCAGGAUCCUUCAGGGAAGAUUAAUUGCUGAUUUAAAAGAUACUGAAUCCUUCUGGUGUUCAUAGAUUUGAUAUGUAUACCUUCAUGAUGAUAAGAGCAGCAUAUUUUAAAGCAUGACAGCUUUACGCAUCUUCCCAUGCAUGCAGAAGUGGCUUUUUGCAGUGACUGUUUUUUUUUAAAUGUGUAGGAGUCACUUAACUCAGUAUGUCUGUAAGCAUGCCCUUCACAAUUUUUAUAAAAUAGUGUCUAUAGAGCAAUUAGGUAUUUUGAAACAAAUGGUGUAAGGAGAUCAGUUGGAUUUAUUUUUCUCUCAGACUCAUGAAGACUUUUAUGUACUGAUCUCAUGAAUGGAUAAUAGUGGAUAAUAAUGAAUAACUUUGUUAGGGACGUAGCCAGGGAAAUUCCUGCCAACCUUCAGCAUCUUGGUUAGGUAAUUUUUUUUAAAAAAAACUGAAGCUGAUCUUUAAGCAUAUAAAUAAGAUACACAUUUGGAUUUGGUUACUAUAGGCAACGAUAAAAACCUAGCUGUUACUACUGUUUUUUUUCAUGUAAACAACAAUGAAUAUGAAAGAACAAGCAGCGGAUUAUAGCAGCUGAAUAUACGGAUUUUUAAACUAUGCUGUUUCUAGGGUGAAUUAAAUCAAAGGCAUCCAGAAGCCUGAUGAGUUUAUGGUUCACGUUAGGUAUAAUUUUAACUUCCCCAUGAAAGCUAGAUAGUAUUAAGAAUACCUGUGCAAGAGCAGUGGCUGUAAAUGGUUUUGUAAAUGGUAAAUAUUAUUUUGUUUGGUCACUCUUUUCCUUUGCCUCAAAUAUGGAGCAAGAUCGUCAGCUGUCAGAAAUCGGCUCCUUCAAAGUGGAAGUAGAGUUUGGUUCAGACAGUUGAAUAUCUGCUCCUUUAGCUUGUUUUCUGUGCGAGGAAGUGUGUUUCUCCUUCUAGGAGAUGAGGGGAUUGCUUCGUUGCUGUCCUUUAGGUGUAACACGACAUGCUUGAUGGAGAUGAUUGCAGAAUUGGCAGGUUGUGCAAUUAAACAGAAGCAUCUGUCAUCUUGCGUUGUAUUAUGCAUUUAAAAGAUGCAGCCUAUUGCAGGAAGCUGACCUUCGUAUCCUGGUGCUAGUGAGGAGUCUGUUAUUUCAGAUGUAUGUGCAACAGCGUUUGGCAUGUCUUUGACAAAACAGACUUCUGGAUUCCCGAUACGGCAUCCAAUUUCAGAUUUUUUUUUUUCUUGGAAAACUGGAAAUAUUUUUGCUGUAUUAUAUAACUACAGUUAUGUUUGUCAUGGUUUCCAUUAUAAGCUCUUAUUUUCAAAAGGCUUUGACUACAAACUUUCAGGGAGUUAAAAUUUCUUCAGCUGAAAUUUUAACAUAAGUUUUAAUCUUAUCCACUCACUAUUUUAAUAAAAUAGUUUGGCCUUAUUUAAGGGUAUCAGAGGAAAACUGUUCUCUCCAAUGUGGAGCUAUAACUUUGAAUGUAUUUGCAUGCUCAGAUAUCAACUUAUUACUUCAAAACGACCAAAUUUAAGUUGAGGGAGAAAUCAGUAGGAGUUUUGCACAGAUGUGGAGGAUGAUAGGUUAUAAUUUAGAGUUUCUCUAAUUACACUGUGUUUUAUACUUCAGAACGGAGUGAAGAAACAUUCUAGUUUCUUUAAAAAAAAAAAAAAAUUUACUUGUGAUCUUACAGUUUUCCAUGAAAGAAUAAAUGCAUUGUCAGAUAUUCAGCUGGUGUAAAUUGGCAUAAUUCCUGUGUUGAUGGUGCCGAUUUAAAACCAGCUGAUGAAUCUGGCCUAUUCAGUUUUAUACGUUGGCGUUCUUAAUGCUGCAGUAGGUGUUGAUGAGCACGGCAGACAUUCGUGCGUGAGAGUAAGAGGACGCUCAUGACCACAGAUUCAGGGUUUAGUUGCAGGUGAAACAGAGCUACUUCAUUAAUAUAUAUAUAUAUUUUUAAACUAGUGCAAAUGAAACAGAAAUCUUGAUAUAAAAUCUAAAUUUAAAUGUCACUAAGGAUCCCUGUCCAACUAACAACUCGGUAAAUGAAAAUUUAAAGGAUCUGCUCCUAGAGUUGGACCCUGUGCAGAAAUCCCUAGAAGUCUCUCGGGGUUUCGAGGGGGUAUGAUCGCAGGCUCGGAGGCGGCUGCGUUUGGGCCGCUUCCCUCCCUUUAGCGGGGUAUGAUGACAAAGGUCUAUAGGAAAUUCCACCCUUGACCCGAGUUAGUUCCGCAUCGUUUUAUCUGAAGGUUUGGGGUUUUACUUCACAUGCCUUUAACGAAAUGUCUGUACUUUCAGGUUUUAGUCUGAAAAAACUGUUUUUUUCCAGGUAAAUUUUGUUGGGUAUGUCAAGGAAAGGUAGUGAAACUAGUCAGGGUUUCUGUUGCAAAAAAUAAAUCCGCUAAGGGGAGGGGGGAAGGAAAAAAGUUCUCAGAUCCUUCAGUUAUACUGAGCUUCAAUUUUACUUGUAACAAUAUUAGGACAAAGUAAUUCAGGCAGAAAUACGCAUCUCAGAUAUUUCGUGAGUUCUCAGUGUCUUUUAGUGUUCUUGCAGGAUUGUUACGCUAUUUUGUCAGAGCUGCUAAAGUUAAGAAUGGAGGGCCAAUCUUAACUUAAACUGAGAUUAUAUUUGGCAAUUAUUUUACAAAUUAAACCAUAUUUAUUAUCAAUGAUUUUUCUUGUUAAUGUAUUUUUUCUCUUCCUGUAUCACGUGCUGUAAAUGUGUGGGUUUUUUAAUACUAUUUCAAGGUCAUUAGAAGUUAAAUCUUAGCCCCAUUAAAACCCAGUAGAAAAUUUCUACUCGUUUCAACGGGGCUAGUAUUUCACCUCACCUUAAAAACAGAGCUUAGUCUGCAGUUCAGGGGAAUACCUCAGUUGACUUUAAUGGGAGCCUUUGCCUGAUCAGAGCGCGUAGGUCGGGCCCACGGGGUAGAUGGUUGAUUCAGAAUCAAAGCGAUCGAGGUCUGCGCUGUGGCCCCUGCAGUUACCUCUGAAAGUAUUUGAGCAAUUGCGCUGUAAAAUUUGUACUGUAGAAGCUAAAUACUCAGGCUGAUUGAUAAAAGAUGGACAGUACCUUGCAAAACGUGAAGCUCAGAAACCUGCCUUUCUCACAAAUGGGAUCUCUCUUGUACGGUGGUAGGUGUUAGAUCAGCGAAAUGAAGGCACAUGGAAGAAAAAAGUGUAUUAAGUUUAAAAAAUAAAAAUAAAAAAAAAUCCGCUGCUGUGUUCAGUCUCAGACUGAUCAAGCAGAGGCUUAGCCUGGCCCAUGCAAGUUUUGCAUUUUGUCCUCAGCAGUCUUUCCAUGGGAAGAUGCAAUUUCCACCCAUAACCUGGUGGAGGAUUCUGGAGGGGCGGGUGCGUGCGUUUGCCUGCCUUUUGCUAAUGUAACUUGUAUCAACAUAGGGCUUUUUUGGCUAGCAGAGCUUUGUAGGAGUAGGAUGUGACUGUUUUCAAAAUCCUCUUGCUACGCUUCUGCAAGCAAACCUCUGGGGUAGAGACCUGGCUUAUAUGUCUGUUUCUGCACUUAAUCAGUCAUCAGGUGGCAAAACAAAUGAUAUGAUACAUGUCAAAUAAAAAGCGCACAUCAUUUCUUGGAGUUUUCAGUGCACAGCCACGUUCCAUGUGCCUUUGCUUAACGCACAAGGAAAGUAACUUUAUUGGGUGUUUGUAUAUAAUUCAGUGAAACAAAUCCAAGAUAUUUUCCAUCUAGUCAUCAAAAAGCCUGAAAGAAUGAAUGUUGAGCAGCAAGACUUGAAUUUUUUGAGAUCUCUUUUGGUGUGAUAUAUCAAAAAUGAUCCAGUCUGAGAACAGAUGCUCAUUUAAUCAUGUCGUUUUGAUUUUAUUAUUACAGUUUAAAAAAAAAAAACAAAAAACUUUACUGUUUGAAAUGAAGGAAAAUAUGAGGAACGUGAAUUUCAUCAAUAAUUUUUUUUUCACCUUAUGAUUUUAGGGAGAAUGUUGUUACACUACUAUUGUUUUUAUUGUAUUUACAGUGUAUCCUUUACCUAACCUUGUAAAUUUUGAAAUGUAACUACUGUAA